AAAAAUUAAGAGUCUGUGGUAUAUAAAUUUCGCAUGCAGACUACGAUUUAUUUUUGUAAAUUUUAAAAUACACAAUGGCUGAUAUUAUAAAGGAUGAAGAGGUGAUUAAAGAUAAGGAAAAUGCUUCGGAAGAAGAGGAAGUUGAUGGAGUAGAGGAGGCAGAGACCAAAGAUCCCGCUAAAAAGAAGAAGAAGAAAAAAAAGAAAAAUAAGAAGACAGCGGGAACUGAAAUCGAGAAUGAUAGCGAGGUAUCGGAAAAAGUUCAAACGCUUCCAUUAGAAGAGAAUAAUGAAGAUGGAGAUAAAAAAAAGAAAAAGAAAAACAAAAGUAAGAGCAAUAAAAGCACAGGAAAGGUCCAAACUGACCCACCUACAAUUCCAAUUGGAGAAUUAUUUCCUGAUGGAAAUUUCCCCGAAGGUCAAAUAAUGGACCAUGGACCAGCAGAGGGCAUUGACGAUAGAACUGCCAAAGACCGCUUCAGCAGUGAAGAGAAGAGAGCUUUAGAUAAAAUGCAUAAUUACAUCUACCAAGAGAUAAGGCAGGCUGCGGAGGCUCACAGACAGACACGCAAAUACAUUCGCGACUGGAUAAAGCCUGGUAUGACCAUGAUCCAAAUCUGUGAAGAGCUGGAAUCCACUGCAAGACGUCUCAUCGGUGAAGAUGGUUUGAAAGCAGGGCUGGCAUUCCCUACUGGGUGCAGUCGCAACCACUGUGCUGCCCAUUACACGCCUAACACAGGUGACAACACAGUCCUCGAGUAUGACGAUGUAGUGAAGAUAGAUUUCGGUACGCACAUCAAUGGCCGUAUCAUAGACUGCGCGUUCACAUUGCACUUCAACCCGCGCUACGACCCGCUGGUGAAGGGAGUGCAGGAAGCCACGGAGGCUGGCAUCAAGGCUUCAGGGGUUGAUGUUAGGCUGUGCGACGUUGGAGCCGCUGUGCAAGAGGUAAUGGAAUCACAUGAGGUUGAACUAGAUGGCAAGGUGUAUCAAGUGAAACCGAUUCGCAAUCUUAACGGCCAUUCCAUUGGUCCUUAUCGAAUCCAUGCCGGCAAGACUGUGCCGAUCGUGAAGGGCGGUGAAACUACCCGCAUGGAAGAGAACGAGUUCUACGCGAUCGAGACGUUCGGCUCCACCGGCCGCGGGCAAGUGCACGACGACAUGGAUUGCUCGCACUACAUGAAGAACUUUGACCAGCAGUUUGUGCCUUUGAGAUUGCAGUCAUCGAAACAGCUACUGAACCUUAUAAACAAGAACUUCAGUACGCUCGCGUUCUGCAAGCGCUGGCUGGAGCGCGCGGGCGCCUCGCGCUACGCUAUGGCACUUAAGGACCUCUGCGACAAAGGCGUCGUGGAUGCAUAUCCGCCCUUAUGUGACAUCAAGGGCAGUUACACGGCGCAGUUCGAGCACACCAUCCUACUGAGACCAACUUGUAAAGAAGUCGUCUCGCGUGGUGACGAUUACUAACAUUUGAUAUAAUAAAAUUUGUUGAAUAAAGGCUCGCGCACUUACGACUCCUGCUCCGCUUUUUCACCCACGUGCAAAUUGUGGCACCAAUUCAAUUUUUAUAUGCGGUUAUUGAAAAAGGCGGAUCUACAAAUCCCUGAAGAGCCGGCAAUGCAUUCUUCUCGUGCUGCAAAUGUUCAUGAGCGACGGUAAUCAUUUAACAUCAGCCGCCCGCCGCCUGCUCGUUUGCUCGUUAUUUAUAUUUAUAAAACCAUCGCUCACUAUGCGCGAGUCGUGAGGUCUAAUGAGUUUUGACCCAAUUUGGUAACGCGAUGCGGAUGAUUUUGGUUAUGCGGCUCGCCGCGGCUGCAAUGUGCGCGAGCCUUUAGAAAACAAAGUUCAUCUUUGUUGCGAGUGCUGAAUCCUGAACAAGCGAGGAAUUCUAUAAUUGAAUCAUAAGCGUAGCGAGUGAUUCUAAGUUAGAAUCCUGAGCGUAGCGAGGGAUACAAAGGAACAUGAAUCAAAUCACUUUGCUGUCGUGUGAGACAUACUUUUCACCUCACUAGCGAGAAAACUCAAUGUAUCGAAACAAUAAUUUCGAACCAGUCUUAGAAACAAAAAUUCAUUCAUAUUUUUUUUGAUUGUAUGUCAUAAUAUUAUAACCUUAGAUUAUAACCAUAUUGCAUAAUAUGAAAUAAGAUGUCUGAGAAUUAUGGUGUUUUUGAGCUAGUGAGGUGAAAAUAAUAUUUUCGUAAUAAAAUUAAGCUACCUCAAUCAGUGGAUAGGACUGUAAAUGUUAUUGCGCGUUGUAGCUUUCCAUUACCUUCCUAUUUUAAAGCAAUGUGUAUAAUGGCUUUAUUCAAUAUUGGUACUAAUUCAACUGCACGCAAAUCCUAAAAUGACAAGUUUUAGGCCGGCCAAAUAUCAGAAAUUGUGGACGCGCAUCUAAAGGCACUCUGCUCAUACAUUUUGUACUAGACCUCGCAGACUCAGAAUUUUGCCCGACUUUCGUUUCUCAUGUUCGCAGAAUGAGUGCGAAAAAGUUUUCUGAUAAUAUGCGUCCGGCCUUAAAGUACUGCGAUCUUCUUCCAUAGAAUACUAAAUGGAGAAUUCUGUACAUUUGAAUUAGGACCUCUGUACGCUUAUUUUUAGCAGGUGCGUAAUUCCGACCGGAUUAGCGAACUCUAUUAGAUUAGCUUAUAAAGGUCAUCGCACAUUAUACAGAAUCAACUCGCAGUAAAGCAUGGAAAUGUGAGCUUUGUAUCUAAGGUAGAAUUUUCAAUAUUUAAUUGAAAAAGUGAACCGCGCGUCGUACACUUCAAUUGCAUAAGGGAUAUGACAAAGCUCACAUUUCCAUGCUUUACUGUGAGUCGAGUUGCGAAUCAGAGUGGAGUUGGAGUCGAAUCUGUGUAUUGUACAAAAUUCUUAUUACCAACCGAACCGAACAACUGUUGUCGAUAUUAUUUCAACUGUAUAUAGAAUGCAUGCGGUAUCAUUUCAGACCUGAUAUCCCAAUGCGGAUUGCGAUAAUUCCGGCCGGAAUUUGCCCCGAGACAUUACAGGUGCCAUGUUCAAGGUGCAUCUCAAUUUUUUCCUAUUCAUUGAUUGACGACAAGUAGGUAGGAAGUUUUGUUGACAAUCUUUCUUUUUUUUACAUCAUAACCUAAAACCUAACGUCUUGUUAUGUUAUUAUAUUAUGUUAUUAAAAUAUAAGCGGAAAUAAACCCUGUUUGCUUCUAACAAUGACUUAGUCAGCUUUGUU